UAGUGCGGGAAAGGGGAAGGGUUGAUGCUCAAACGUCUUGUCAUAUCACGUGAUUGUACAUGUCAUCUACUUCCUAACACUUGAAUAUACAUAUCACACCUCAGGGUCUAUAGCAUAGUGGUAGACGGUGUCAUACCUGUGUGUUUUUUCGGAAAUUGGUGAAAUACCUCUGUUCGCGGAUAAGUGUAGUUCAGCGUCUUCCAGUGUCCCACGUGUGCCGCGCUCGUCACCUUCACGCAGGUGAUGAUGCCGUAGACGCCGUCCGCAGCGGCCGGCGCCUCUGGCCUCGUCGACGCCUUCGGGAGCUUCUCUAGCCUCGCACGGGCCAUGAAGAAGUCCAAGGGCAUCCGCUCCACUAUGAGUUAUUUCUCCGAUGCCCCAUCCUACCCUGACGACGAACCCCCACCCUUUUCCCAGCGCCAAUACCCGCCCAGCUACAACUACCCUCCGGACUACCACAACUACCCCACGGCCCCGAGAGACUACUCGAUGCGAGGAGCCAACAGGGACUACCCAAGCGAGAGGGACUACCCGCCGGAGGAGAGGACCUUCUCCAGCAGGCCGAUGGAUUUCCCAAGCCGACCAAGCGACUACCCGCCCGGCCCGCCCAGCUACCAGAACGGGCCCAGGGACUACCACCACGACAGGGAGUUCCGCCGCAACCCCCCGGACUACCAUAGCGGCGGGAGGGACCUUCAGAACGGACCCGGACCUCGCCACGCAGGGCGCAGCGACUACUCGGCUGGUGCUAGGGACUACUCCGAUGGUGCUAGGGACUAUUCAGAAGGUGCUAGGGACUACUCGACAGGUCCUAGGGAAUACCGCCGAAUGGAAAAGGACUAUUCGAGUCAGCAGAGGUAUAGCACCAGUCCGCGGCACCGCUACAGGAACGCGGAGGACUACCACUACGACUACCGGGGAGGCUACCGGCCCUCUCUGGACUCAGACCCCCGUGAUGGCUACACCACGGAUGGCAGCGGUUCGGGCUACAGAGAGGGGAGCAUAAGAGGUUUCGAAAACUAUCGGUACCCUGAGAGCGAGGCACUUCUGCCCCGGGAUCGUCUCAGCAACCCGUUCUCCUAUCAAGCAAAUGGUGCUACUUAUACGAAAGGCGAGUCGGGAGGCGAGAAACAGCCCUUCUUGGGUGGCGUGGAGCCCGUCCGCCUCACGCCUUCAUGGGAGAACACCAACCUGCCGAAGGAGGAACUCAACUUCAAAAAUGUCAGCACUUUCGAGACCUUCGAGGUGGAUAUGGAGCCUCCCAAGGACAGGUGAGUCAACCAGAGUAGAAUUCAUCCAAGUGAAUAUAAUCAGCAAGUCGGACGAGAAACCACACCAUAGUAAAAAAAAAAAAAAAGAGGAAACAGGUAAGGCGCAUGUGUAUUUGACGUUUGCUUUUUGUUAUCAUUUUGCGCAUUUCUCGAUUAUGAAGGAAAUUGUCUCGUGGAAUUAAGUUUACAAGUCUUCAAGAAUGUUAUGAUAGUGUGUUUAGCCUUCGUUUUAAGACCGGUUUUCGUAAUGGUUGUGCGGAUAAGCUGAGCGGCAGACGACGUGCUCGAGAGAGAGAGAAGUUGGAAGGCGGGAAAUUAUGUAUAAUGAUGCAAGAGUGGUUUA